GUCAUAUUCCCGCAAGAGGCGCUACUAUCGCACUCUGGACGUCUCAAGUCAGAAGAAAAAUAAUAGCGUGUGAAUUUUUCUUCUGUGCAAUUUUCACAAAUUCCCCCGCUGAAAGAUGGCCAGCUUAGUCGGAAAGACCUCCUCGCUACUCAGCAAUGCGAUGGUUCAGGCUCGUCCCAAGUUCAAUGUUUUCCUCAAGUACGCCAAGGUUGAGCUGACUCCCCCCACACCCGGAGACAUCCCCGCCAUCCGCCAGGGUAUUGCACGCCUCAUCUCAGGUGCCCGAACGGGAGCUUGGCGCAAUGUAACAGUGCGCGAGGGAUGGCUCAACACCCUCGUCGCGGCGGAAGUUUUCUUCUGGUUCUACGUGGGUGAGUGCAUCGGGAAGCGUCACUUGGUUGGCUACAAAGUCUAAAGAACCUGGCUACUCUCCAGCCAUACCCCAUUAAUACCUACAUAGAUCGCUGUAAUUAAAAGAAAAUGAAAUAAAAUGUUGUGAGAAAA